UCUCCGCCCGGCAACAUGUGCAGCGGCGCCGAAGGAGGCUCUUGGCCGCUCGCGAAGGACGCGCCGACCGUCGCCGCCGCGGCCCUCGACCACUACCGUUUGCAACUUUACAACUAUGCCGUCGCUGAACGUUUGCGCCUUUACCCACCUUCCGUGGGUCCAUGCUAUGGGCCCUAUGGACCGAGGCUCGCGCUCUCCAUGUCGCUGCUGCAACAACGAGUUCUGCAGCCCGAAGAACCGAAACCGCAGCACAGUUACAUCGGCCUCAUCGCUAUGGCCAUCCUGAGCUCGCCAGAACGUAAACUAGUCUUAUCGGACAUCUAUCAACACAUCCUGGACAACUAUCCGUACUUCCGAUCCCGAGGCCCUGGCUGGCGCAACUCAAUACGACAUAAUUUAUCGUUAAACGAUUGCUUCGUUAAAGCGGGAAGAUCAGCCAAUGGAAAGGGUCACUACUGGGCGAUCCAUCCGGCUAAUAUUGAGGACUUUCGAAAGGGAGACUUCCGAAGGCGUAAAGCUCAAAGGAAAGUGAGAAAGCACAUGGGACUGGCUGUGGACGAUGACGGUGAGGACUCGCCGUCGCCGCCGCCGCAGUCUCCGCCGCCGACGGCGCUGCCGCUGCCGUUCUGGGGCGGCGGCCGGGUGCCGGGCGGUGCGCAGGCCAGGAAGAGGCAGUUCGACGUGGCCUCGCUGCUCGCUCCGGACGACGCACCCGUGAAGCGGGCGCGCCGCGACAGCAGCGGCGAGGAGGAGCCGGAGGAGGACAUUGACGUGGUGACGAGCGACCAGGAGGAGCGCGGCGAGGAGGAGGCGCGCGCGCUGCCGGCGCCGGCCGCGCAGUACCCGCUGCUGGGCGGCUGGUGGCCGGCGCUGGAGCCCGCGCUGCUGCAGCAGCUGCGCCGCUCCGCGCUGCUGCCCGCGCCGCCCAGCCCCGACCAGCAGCGCCCGCCCGACACCUAGGCAGCCCGUGCGUCUACAAACCUGUGAAUAACCAGUAUUAAGUAUCCCGUCGGUACGUAACCGUUACCUAGUGAUAUUCUCAUGUGUAAAUCUCCGUUUAUUUGUACUUUAUCUACCCUGUGUAGGUUCGUUGAACUGUUUCCUUUCGUCUUUCUCUGUUAUUUCCUUCUCUAUACUUUAACUCUCCGUUUAUCGUCUGUAUGAUAUUAUAAGUGUAAAUUAUUGUAAAUGAAAUUUAUAAGUAAUAUUUCUACUUAACCCUGUAUAUGUAGAACAGUGAUAGUUGAUAUGUUAAGCGAUUUAUGGAUAAAGUCUGAGAACGACCAAGCUAUGUAGAUAGUCUCCUAGUUCUAUUUGUAAAUACGUAAAGUGAUGUUGUCUACUCUUCGUUGUUAAUAACAUGUAAACAUACUGUUGUUUAUUUACUAGAUGACAUUAAUCGAUUUAAAUAAUAAUCUAUAAAAAUCUUCGAAUAAAUAGAAAUUAUAAUUUAACUUUAUGUUUCAUUUAACGAGCGUUACAUCUGUCAUUAAUUAAUUCACUAAACGUCUACUCUAAUCUACACCCGCCGCGCACUUUAUAGAGUAAGCGGUUAUCACAUAUUUUUCUUUAAUACCUACCCUCAAUUAAUUAACAAUUUGUACAGAACGAAUUUAGUAUCAAUGAAAGCAUACUUAAGUGUAUAGGUAAACGAACUUGCGAUGAGAGGAAAUUUCUUCAAUUUGUCGCCUUUAAUAUCAACGAAAGAUAAUUUAAGCUACUAGAUGCUUUAACUACAUAAUCUGAAGAAAACACAGAAACA